UGCACCUCAUACACAGAAAAACAUAACAUAUUAACUGCAGGGCUAGAGAAAAGUCUGAGGCAGAGCUGAUCCUGUUCCACACCUCCUGAUUGUAGCCACACCUCACCAUUAUCAUAUGAAAAGAGAAAGAAAAAAACAAAACCAAAACAACCAAAAGGAAAGCAGCCCGGUAUGUGGCUGAGAUUCCAAAUAACAACAGUGUGUGCAGCCUCAUAAAUGCUUCAGAAUUGACCAAGAGGAAGCACGUUUCAUGAUGACACAAUCUUGUUGCUGUAGUCAUUCAUCGAAGGGAAACUCCCACAGGAAAAGGCAUAAAGCUGCUUAGGGAAGGCUAAGAAGCUGCUCAGCGGUAGUCAGUCAAACAUUGGGUUAGAUUCACACCAGAGCUAACAUGAGCACCAGCCAAGGCCCUUUCCAAUUUUCUUCUGGGUCCCUCAGGGGUAGUUCAGGGUGUGGUCUGGCCCAGCCAGGAACUGCUUUCAGACCGUCAAGUGCAGGUGGUGGUGCCAGCAGCACACAAACCUCCUUCUCCUCCGCCAGACCCCUCUGGCUGGCUGCUGGCGGAGGGGCACCUUGGGGAGGCUUCGGCGAGCACCAUGGGGAAAGCAUCUUCCUGGGUGGGAAUGAGAAACAGACUAUGCAAAACCUGAAUGACCGUUUGGCUGCCUAUCUGGACAAGGUCCGUUCCUUAGAAGCAGCUAAUGCUCAGCUGGAAAGCUGCAUCCUAGAGUGGCACAAGACAAAGUCUCACGGCAAGAGGCAUGACUUCAACCAAUACGAGCAAAACGUCACUGACAUGCAAAGACAGAUUGAGGAUAGCAAGAUCACCAAUGCCAGUAUCCUUUUACAAAUUGAUAACGCUAACAUGGCAUCUGAAGACUUCAGGCUCAAGUAUGAAGCAGAGAAGUCGCGCAGGCAGGGAGUGCAGCUUGAUGUGGAGAACCUGCGGAAGGAGCUCGAUGGCCUGACCAUUAUUACAACAGACCUGGAAAUGGAAAUCGAGGGCUUGAGAGAAGAGCACAUCCUCAGGAGGAAAGACCAUGAGGAGAACAUGGAAGCAAAUCGCUCAUCACAAGACUUCAAAGUCAAUGUAAAAGUAAACGCAGCACCUCCUGAGGACUUAGCCAAGAUUCUAGCAGAAAUAAGAGAAGAUUAUGAAGCCAUCAUCGAAAAGAAUCGUCAAAGCCUGGACAGCUGGUACAAGGAACAGAGCACAGCGAUGUCUCUGGCAGCAACCCCGAACCCAGAGCAGAUACAGCGCAAUGAGACCGAGAUCAAGGAUCUCACACGUACAUUACAGUCCCUGGAUAUCGAGCUGCAGGCACAGAUGAGUAAGAAACACAUGCUGGAAGAUACCUUGGCUGACACUCGGAAUUACUACGCUGUUGCACUUCAAAACAUGCAGCAGAUCAUCUCCAAAUGUGAGGAAGACCUAAGCCAGGUUCGUCAUGACAUUAAGCAGCAAAAUAACCAAUACAAGGUUCUUCUUGGGAUCAAAACCCGCCUGGAGAAGGAAAUUUCCACCUACCGCCUGCUGCUGGAAGGGAAUGCUGACGGGAUCGCAAGAAAAUGUGAUGCAAGAGCUAAAGAACAUGCUGGGCUGACCAAAAGAAAGAUCAAAGCAAUUGUCCACGACAGUGUGAAUGGGCAGGUGGUGUCCUCCACCAUCAAUGAGAUCCACCAGCAAGCAUGAAGUAGAAAGCUCUGCUGACUCCUGGCUUUCUUGGCAGCCUGAGCUGCGACAACCCUUCUGUGCACCUAUGUGCUGUUAUGUUGGUCUCCCUGUGUGUAAAACAGGGAUCCUGUUGUGAGCUCUCUCCUCCCAUGGUGUGCAGCUCGAUGAUCAAAGGUGCCCUACAGAGUUAAGUAGAGCUGAUAUUGUAAAUUUAAAGAGCUUUUAGUCAUCAAAAUGCCAAAGAAAAGCUAUUCAAUGGAAAUGACUGGCUGAGCUGGUAAUAUAUGUACUAUGCACAUCUCACUGGGGCAUGAAUCUCCAUCUGUGAUUCAUUUAUUGCUCUGCAAAUUAACUAUAAUUUAAAGUGAAUAAUCUCUCAGCUUUUCUGCUGGUCUUAUGUUUCUCAGCAUAUACCUCACCGCAGCCAAUAAAUUCUUUUCCAUUACU